AUGGGUUUCUUCAACCGUCGUCGUGCAGACGAGACAACCAAUAGCCAUGGUAAUGGACAUCGAAACAGACAAGCCCAAGAUACCGUAGCCUAUCCUAUGGCGGUCCGUCCGAGUUUUGGCCAGUGGCUCAAAGUCACAUGGCUCGAUAUCCUUACUAUGGUUGUUAUGGGUGCCAUAGGGCUUGGUGUCUACGAGGCGAAACCAGCUCCCACUCGAUCGUUCCCAGUAACCUUCUCCGAUGGCGAGGUCGUAUAUCCACAAUUCGCAUAUCCCCUACGCAAGGAGAUCAUUCCGAUCUGGGCAGCAGCCUUACUCGCGGCUUUGGUCCCUAUCUUCGUGAUUCUUCUUAUGCAAAUUCGGAUUAGAUCCUUCUGGGACGUGAGCAAUGGUGUUAUUGGUCUUCUAUACUCGCUCAUUACCGCCGCCGUCUUCCAAGUAUUUUUGAAAUGGCUCAUAGGUGGCUUGCGCCCUCAUUUCCUUGCCGUGUGCAAGCCCGAUAUAAGCCUCGCUAGUAACGCUCCCGGCGUUAAGGGCGCUGGUUAUAACGGGGCCGGCUUCACGAACAUCUACUACACUAAAGAGAUCUGCACCGGCGACGAGAACCAGAUCAAUGACUCUCUCGAAUCAUUCCCGUCAGGUCACAGCACAGCGGCCUUCGCUGGCUUUAUCUAUCUGGCCAUAUAUUUGAAUGCUAAAUUAAAGGUCUUCUCAAACUACCACCCGGCGAUGUGGAAGUUAGUUGCGGUCUACGCGCCAGUACUAGGAGCUACGCUGAUUGCUGGCGCGUUGACGAUCGAUGAGUUCCAUCACUGGUACGAUGUUUUGGCCGGCGGCAUCAUUGGCACCAUCAUGGCCUUCUCCGCAUACCGCAUGUGUUACGCCUCGAUUUGGGAUUGGCGCUGGAACCACAUUCCCCUUCACCGCGGACAGCCAUGUCUAUACACUUACGACAGCGUCGAGCUUAUGGAUGCCUUAUGGACGCGCAAGGCCGGAUGGGGUGCUGGAGCCUCGAGUUACGGCGGUAAUGGGCAAGGUACAAGCGGCCACGGCGGUGUGACUGGUUUCCAGAGGAAGCCGGUUGGGAGCGGUGCUGCUCGAAGAGGUGAUGAUAUUGUCUAA